CCGGUAUCUCCUUCUCAUUCUUACUCACAGUUGUAUCAUUAACGAAUGUAUGGCGGGCCACCGUAAAGCCUGACCUGAGUAAUAUACGAUCACGCGCCAUAUUGCGGAAUUUCAUUGGAACUAAAUUUUUCAUACUAAACUGAACUGUCACCCCAUACAUGAGAAUAGAUAACAGCGCCCUCUUGACAAUGAUCAUAUAUUUGGUCGCAGUCCGGUACGGCCGUCUGUUAUAGUUCAUCUUGGCUGGAAGUCACCUUGCCAACCGUAUAGCACGUACCUUUAAGACUGAAUUUCCAACCAAAAUAGAUGCCAACAACCGGUAUUGUGCUGUGCGAAUCCAGUUUCGAAGAUAUUUUGACAAUCACAAACUCUUGAUCACGACGUACAUCACAUGGCUGUACAUUAUCUGUAUUCAUGUUGACAUUGACAUUUCUCAUUCUUAUUUCUUGUAGCAGAAUUAAAUACAAUACUUUUACAAUAAAUAUCAGUUUUAUUUGUACCUAACCGUGACAAGUUAACCGGCAAUUUGUCUUCUAGCUUGAAAAGAAACAUGGCUCUUCAAAGGCAUAUCUUUUUUGCUACAAAGCAAUACAUAUGUGCUGCAAGAUGCUCCAUCCUCCAAGCUAACCUUAGACAGUCAUAUUGUGAACUACGGCACAAAUACAGCACAGAAGCCUCUGAAGAGAGGAAGUUCACAGACCGCCAUGAAUGGGUAGUUGUUAAAAAUAACAUAGGCACUGUAGGAAUUAGCAAAUAUGCUCAGGAGUCUCUCGGUGAUGUUGUGUUUGCUCAGCUUCCCGAACCAGGCACAGAAAUCAAAGCGGGAGAUGAGUGUGGAGCGCUUGAGAGUGUGAAAGCGGCAAGUGAGAUCUAUUCACCAGUUACGGGCACCGUUACUGAGAAAAACGCUGAAGUAGAGAGCAAACCUGGUCUGAUCAAUACGUCAUGCUAUGACCAAGGCUGGCUUUUUAAACUAAAGCUAUCUGACCCCGCUGAAGUGUCUAAGCUGAUGAAUGAAGAACAGUAUGAAACAUUCCUUAAAACAGAUGCGGAGAAGGACCAUUAGUGAAUGUGUUAAGUUUUUGUUUUAAUAUUUAACUUAAAUGUGAUUAGAUUUAAAUAUAUGGAAAGUUAACA